GGUUUCUUUUACUAGUCCCCCCGUUCCCUUCUCUCUCUCGCGUUCGGAGAACGAGGAGGGGAGCACGAUUUCUUUGAUUUGGAGAGGGAGGGGGAGAGAUUGCGGCGAGAUGGCGGACUCGAGAGAUCCGGCGAUCAAGCUCUUCGGGAGGACGAUACCUCUGACAGAGGGCCAAGGGCAGGCGGCGGAUGGGGAGAACUCUGGCCCGGCUUCAGCGACGGAGGAGCCGCCGGCCGUGGACGAGAAGGAAGAAAGCAGAGUAGUCACAGAUGCUGAAGUGAAAGAUUCAGUUUCUGAUGCAGCAGAGGAGUUGGACCGGACUAAGCUAUCUAGCUGUUCUGGCUUGGACAGUGGCAAAGAAGAUGACCAUCAAAUGUCCGCCCAUGAAGACAAAGCAGUGGCAGAUCCUAAGCCCGAGAAAGACCAGACUGAGGCCAAUGCCUCCAACCAAGAGAAGGUGCUCAAGAAGCCAGACAAGAUUCUGCCAUGUCCUCGCUGCAACAGUUUGGAUACCAAGUUCUGUUACUAUAACAACUAUAAUGUAAACCAACCUAGGCACUUCUGCAGGAAUUGUCAGAGAUACUGGACUGCUGGAGGGACAAUGAGGAAUGUUCCAGUAGGUUCUGGAAGGCGAAAAAGUAAGCACUCCGCAUCACACUACCGUCACAUAAUGAUGACAUCUGAUGGAAUGCCAUGUAAUCAAGUAGAUGCUUCCGACUCAAGCAGUCAUCAGGCUCUUCCUGCUGGUCUUUCUUCUCCUACAAGGCCCUUGAAAGGAAAUGGUACUGUCCUCAAAUUUGGUUCAGAAGCAUCACUUUGUGAGUCCAUGGCCUCUGUGCUCGGUGACAGAGAACAGAAGAGAAAUGCUGAGGUGGGCUCUUCGGCUGGUGGAGAAAACAGGGAAGAACCCUCAUGUGCAUCUUUUGUGAUGGCAUCUAAUUGCGUGGAAAAUGAUCAUUCUAAAAUUGCAUUUCACAAGGAACAAAAUGGCUUACAGAGUGGUUGUAAUGGACUCACUCCUAUGCACCACCUUCAAUGUUUUCCUGGGCCUCCUUGGAUUUACCCUUGGCAUCCAGGAUGGAACAAUGUGAGUUCCAUGGCGGCAGGUCGGUGCUCUUCUGAGCUGGUUUACAGACCAGAGAAUGGCAGUCCGAAUCCGGUCCCAUGGUGCCCACCAAUGAUGGCUACUCCUGCUUUUUGUGCACCUACUAUUCCGUUCCCAUUUGUGCCGGCUUCAUUUUGGGGUUGCAUGCCUAGCUGGGCCAAUGGAACCCUGAGUAUGCCCUGGGUUGGAUCAAAUGGUGGCCUAUCACCAUCAUCAUCAGCAAGCAGCAGCAGUGGUUCAGGCAAUGGCUCUCCAACCUUGGGCAAGCAUUCUAGAGAUGCUACUUCGCAAAGUGAGGAAAAAACAGAGAAGUCUCUAUGGGUUCCCAAGACACUGAGAAUUGAUGAUCCAGAUGAGGCUGCAAAGAGCUCUAUUUGGGCCACACUUGGUAUUAAACCUGAUGAGUCCAUAAAGAAAGGUGGCAUAUUUAAAGCUUUCCAUUCGAAAACUGAAAGCAAGGAUCACACAGCAGAUGCUGCUCAAGUCCUACAGGCAAAUCCGGCAGCAUUGUCCCGAUCACAGACAUUUCAGGAGUGCACAUGAAGGAUCUUGUUGCAACGGUUCCUGUGAAAAAUUUCAAUUCAAGGACUAUUCCUGCAAAUGCCCCACUUGAAUUAAGCAUGCUGGAGUUGCUUUUAUUUGUGGCUCUAAUAUGGCAUCAUGUAUAUAAGUUAUUUGAUAAAGGAUGAUCGCUUUCGAGCUUACGCUAGCUUCAGAGCUAACUUGUGCUUUUCCUUAAGCGGCCGCUGGAGCUGGUCAUGUUGUGAAGAUUCUCCGCUUGCUCAAGAGUAUAUGUUGUGUAUAGUAGAGGAGAAAUGUUAUUAUCUAUAGCUUCUGUGAAACAUAAUUUCUUAAUUAUUACCUCUUUCGCAUUAUGGGCUGGACGUUUAUGUCCUCUUAAAUUAAGAGAAAAGGAUGGAUUUUGUUUA